AUCAUGCCCUUGACUUCCUACGAGAGGUGAUAGCUAGGAAGUAGGAGCAGGCAGCUGGGAGGUCACCAAAAAAAUCUGAAUUAACGGGAGAUUUUCUCGCCAUGGGCAUCAUACCAGACGAGGGAAAGUGUCUCCCUCCUCCGGGAAUCGUCAACAGGAACUCGGUGUGGCUCGCCGGUGUGGGCUGGUGCUCCGCGAUGCUGCACAAUGCUAUAAACCACAGGCCGCCGCUAAAAGCAGGUGUUCACCGACAAGUCCUGCUGGCGACAAUUGGCUGGUUCAUCGGCUACCACAUUACAAAAUAUGAAAAUUACACUAAUGCCAGACUUGAUCGAGAUAUGAGGGAGUACAUUAGACUCCACCCAGAGGAAUUUCCAGAAAAGGAAAAAAAGACCUUUGCAGAGAUCAUCGAGCCUUUCCAUCCUGUGCGUUAAGUGUUGGCGGCUGGUGACAUGGAAGAGGGAGGGAGAGAGAAAACCUUUGCAGACUAUCAUCUGUCUUCAGAAGUCUUUUUGGGAAAUCUUUCUGUCAUAUGUUGUGUGAAAUAUAGUUAUGUAAAUAAAAAAAAUACACAAAUUAAA